AUGAGUUCUGUUGUAUCAUCAAAAAUGAUCGGUGAUAAUCGUUUACUGAAUAGACGAAGAUCAAGAAUAAACGACACUAAACGAUUUCGUUUGACACCAAUAUGGUCUGAAUGGAAUGAAGCGGAGAUAAAUGCUGAAUCAUGGGAUGCAGGAAAUAUAAAAAAGAAAGAUCUGAUUGUGGUCAGAGCUCGUUCUGAUACAAAAACAAAUAUUCCAAUGGGUGCACAUAAUUUUGAAGAUCCUGAAGGUAAAGUUGAGCUUCCUCCAUCACUUAAAGUAGAACACUGGAAAAGACCCAUCGAGUUUUUGACAGCUGAUAAAUCUCCAGUAAUUGUUGAUCCUGAUCUUGGCACUCAAAGCUUUGAUUUAGUUACACCAAAUGAACAUUUACAUCAUAGUGAAACAAUGCGCAAAAUUAUUAGUGAACUUACAGCUCUGUGGGAUAUUUGUCGAAAAGAACGGAAAAAUAUUAAUACAACUGCGCAUAAUAUUAAUGAAGUUAAUAUAGCUGACCGAACAUGGCAUCCUUGGGAACAUAUAUACGCAUUAAAUAAAGUAUCUAAGCAACCAUUUAUUACUCCAUACAAUCCUUCAGGCAAAUAUAUUGUUCGAAUUUUCUUUUUGGGUACUUGGCGUAAGAUUAUCAUUGAUGAUACCAUACCAUUUGAUUCUGAAAAUCGAUGUCUUCUACCGCAAACAUCAUUAUCAUAUGAACUGUGGCCAAUGCUUUUAUCAAAAGCUUUAUUAAAAAUAAUUUCUCUUGAUUUCAAUACAUUGAAUGAUUUUCCUGAAUCUAAUGAAGUCUCAGUUAUUCAUUCACUUACUGGUUGGAUACCAGAACCUAUUCCUCUCAAAUAUACUCAUGCUGAACAAGUAUGGGAUUUUCUUCGUUAUGAUCGUUCUAAUCAAUAUGUGAGUGAAAAUCAGAAUGGAUCAUCUUUUGGACCUAUACCAUUAUUUAAAUGGCCGGAUGCGAAAGUUACUCUGCAUGAAGAAAGAAUAUUAGUGGAUGAAACUGAUUCAUCAGAUCAUUUCGAUGAUAAAAAAUCAGAGGAUAAAAAUUCAAAAAAACGAGGAUCAACUUUUAGUCUGGUUAUUCCGAAAGAUCCGACAGUAAUGAAAUCAAUUAAUAACAAAGAAAAUCGAACAAGUAAGAUCUUUUAA